AUGAGAAAGGCAAUCGCUGUGCUUAUUUGUUUCCGACCCCAGGACAGCCAGGAGCACAAGAUUGUCCUUUAUGAGAACCCAAGCUUUGCGGGGAAGAAGAUAGAAAUCAUCGAUGAUGAUGUCCCGAGCUUCCAUGCGCAUGGCUACCAGGAAAAGGUCUCCUCUGUUCGGGUUCAGAGCGGCACCUGGGUCGGCUACCAGUAUCCGGGCUACAGAGGCUACCAGUACCUGUUCGAGAAGGGCGAGUAUAAGGACAACAUGGAGUUCGGCGCCCAGAUCCCACAGAUCCAGUCGGUUCGGCGCAUCAGAGACAUGCAGUGGCAUCAGAGGGGUGCUUUUCACCCUGUCAACUAAGCUCAUGAGUAUUUCCUUAGUAUGAACCUUGACCGCUGCAAGCUUUCUCCCAUCCAGCAAUGACCAUUUACCCUCAUUAGUUGCAAACUCAACCGAUAUGCCAACCUAUUGCAGCUGUUGCAGAAGUGAAUCAUUUGGAGCGACUGAAUAAAUUGCUUCUUGCUUACAUUUCUCCAA